AUGGAUCCAAUUAACCUUUUACCUACUGAUGGGGUUGAAGUGGUCCACCAAAAUGGUGUCCAUGAUGAACCUUCAAACUCCGGGGAGGAUGGCGGUGCUUCAUAUGACUUAGACCCCAAUGUCACCGAAACUGCAGAAACUGGAGCUUCGAAUGGGAAUUUUGAUAAUUUCCAUCAGUCUGAUAGUGCUGCAUUUGAUAACUCAUUUGUGGAAGAAAUCAAAGAAUCAAAUGACAAUAAUGAUGGAAAUAACAUGACCAUUCCUAAGGAAGAGGAAGUGAAAAUAUCAGAUAAUGCAAAACAAUCAAGAGCACCAAAGGUUCUUGUCAAGAAUAAGAAUGUAAAGGCUCCAAGUUCAAGUGGUGUUCAUGCAAGUUCAAUCAAUAAGAGCAAAACUGGAAAAGAUAAAGAAACAUCCUCAUCUGUUUCAAAUGGUACAUCAGCUUUGGACACUCGCCCAAAACAGUUUAUUAAAAGCAGCAGCAGAUCAUUCAAUGAUCGGCAGAUACAAUUGUCUAAGCCCAAGGUAAACUCUAUCGCUUUUUGGGUGCUAAGCUUUUCACUUCGUCUUUCCCAGCAUUCUUUGAAGUCUGAUGAAGCAUCUUCUGAAGUAUCAACGGAGAAGACAAAACCAAAAUCAUUGAGCAAAGGACCCGUUGUUAAAGAUCAAGGAGAAGAAGAAUAUUCCUUAAAUGCCAACAAUGAAGAUGCCAAACCUCAAAGGGUGGGGACACUUCCAAAUUAUGGAUUCAGUUUUAAGUGUGGUGAACGAGCUGAGAGAAGAAAAGAGUUCUAUAAUAAGCUUGAGGAAAGGAUUCAGGCAAAGGAGGUGGAGAAGAGUAACUUGCAAGCAAAAACCAAGGAGACCCAAGAAGCCGAGAUUAAGAUGCUUAGGAAGAGUCUCAAUUUUAAAGCUACUCCAAUGCCAAGUUUUUAUCAGGAGCCUGCUCCUCCUAAGGUUGAGCUAAAGAAGAUACCAACUACAAGGGCAAAAUCUCCCAAGCUAGGUCGAAAGAAAACUUCAACUAAUUCAGAGUCAGAUGGAAACACUAGCAGCAGCUCAAGACUAGCUCGUUUAAGUCUGGAUGAGAAAGUUUCAGAGAGUAACCCCAGUAAGGCACCUACUCCUGUUCUUCAAAAGAAGCCGUAUCGAAGAUCUCUUCCUUCUCGACUGGCUUCUGAAAGGAACAGUGUAUCAAAUUCAACAACUGCACUGACUUCAUCCAAGGCUAUCAAGGAUGAAAAGUCUUCUGUAUCUCGUGCUGCUAAAAAGGAUACCAACUUAUCCAAUGCUACAGGAGAAGAGAAAACCAACACGAUUGCAGGAAAUGAGGAGAAGGGUAACUUGUCCAGUGAAACAGGUGAUACUGUGCCUCUGAAUGUGGUUCCUUCAGAUAAUAAGCCAAGUGAAGAAGACUCUCAUGUGAAUGGUGACAUAGCAGUUGAAGGGAAUCCUCAGCCCUCCUUGGUACAAGAACCUGUUGCUACCAAGCAAUAG